CUGAGUCAGUUAGACCAAGCCCAUGGGCCUCACUAAUAUUUAAGUCUCAGUCUGAUCCGUGUUUUACGUCUUUCCUUGCUUUGUACUCCAGUUCCUCUGUGAUUGGGCUUAUGGCAAUAAUAUCUGAAGCCUGACAGACAUGGGUGACUGGUCUUAUCUGUCCACCCUGCUCGACAAGGUCCAGUCUCACUCCACCAUUGUGGGGAAGAUCUGGAUGAGCGUCCUCUUCCUGUUCAGGAUCUUUGUCCUGGGAUCUGCCGCGGACAAAGUCUGGGGGGAUGAAGUGUCAGAGUUCAGCUGCGACAGCAGGGAGCCGGGGUGUGAACAUGCCUGCUACAACUGGAGGUUCCCGAUAUCCUACAUUCAUUACUGGGUUUUGCAAAUCACCUUCGUGUCGACACCCACCCUGGUUUACCUGGGCCAUGCUGUGCACAUCAUUCACAAAGAGAAAAGAAUGAAGGCAAUGCUGCCAGAUGGAACUGUGCCGAAGAAACAGUACACUGAUGAAAGAGGGAAGGUGAAGAUAAAAGGAAUUCUGUUUUGCACUUAUAUGACCCAGCUGGUGUUUAAGAUCUUCCUGGAGGUGGGGUUCACUGUGGGCCAGUUGUACAUCUUUGGUUUCGAUUUCUAUGUUCACUUCUUUCACUGUAAGGUGUCGCCUUGUGCAGAUUUCAGUGGGGCACAAUGUUACGUCUCACGUCCCACAGAGAAGGCAAUCUUCAUCAUUUUCAUGUUUGCAGUGUCAGGCAUUUCAGUGCUUCUUAACAUAGUUGAGAUAAUAUACCUGCUCCAUAACAAGAGGAGAGACAGGAGCAAGAAACGGCAUCAACAGAGUGUGAUGAGUCUACAGCAGUACCCAUCCAGCACUGCUUGGGGGGCCGUGAACAGUAGAAGCUUCGCACAGUCUCCUCCAUCAGCUCAAAGUCUGACAGGCCAUUGCACUGAUGAUAUCCAGAGUGAUUCCAUCAGUAAAGAGAAGUACACCUGAGACAUGAAGAGUCAGUUUGGGAAAAUAAUGUUAAUAGUUUCCACAUAUCUUGUACACCAGACACACCAUGUCAGACAUAAGUUUUGUUAUUAUUCCUGAAAGAUAGUCAAUCUCUUAUUAACCUGAGUGUUUGUAAUAUGUCGUAUAUAUUGUUUGGCAAUGCAAUAAACAUUUUAAAGGUU